GCUUUCAGAUGUAUACUUUGACUAUUGCUUAGCUCAAUGCUUGCAGUGUUGAAAUGACAAUCAUGCCUCUUAUGGUCGGGACUAGGCUGUACCACUCGGCUAUUUAUGGCAUCCAUCACAGCUACCAGACUUGGGAUCGUAAAAACGGGUCCAACAAUCCCGUGCUAAUUUCAGGGACUGACAAUGGAUGGAUUUCUUUGACAUCUGUGGCGGGCAUGACCCACAGUUAUAAGUAGAGAUUCCCACGGCAAACACAGCAUUACUAGAAUCACUGGGAAAUACUGGGAAUCACCCUACCGCAUCUCCCUACUCGAGACUCACCACCAUGGCAUCAGCAACACAAGCUGAUGCAGACUACGACAUGCUAUCCACUCAGCCCAGACGGACUUCGAAGCGUGUGAUAGCCUCAUACCUGCUCGAUUGGGCAUUCAUCAUUAUCCUCGUGGUCACAGGUGGAAUCCUCUACAAAAUCACCGGCUCCGAACACGUGUUCUCCCUCGACGAUGCGAACAUCUCCUACCCCCUCAAAUCCGAUACCGUCUCCAUCACAACCGUCGGAAUCGUCUGCUGCGUCGUUCCCGCCCUCCUCAUCGCAGCCAUCUGCCUCCUCACUCCCCUCCCCUGGCAUCGUCGCCUCUGGGAAUGGCACGCCGGAUGGCUAGGCCUAGCCCUGAGUCUAGCGGGUGCAUUCUUCCUCACCUCUGGCCUGAAAGACGUAGUGGGUAAACCACGACCGGAUCUCCUGGCCCGCUGCCAACCCGAUUUAACCAAUCUCACCACCUACGCUGUGGGUGGACUGGGUCUCCAGCGCACAGAGUCACCGGUUAUGGUCACAUCGGCUAUUUGCCAGAACCCCGACGCGACUGUCAUCAAAGCCGGGUUCGCUGCUUUUCCGUCCGGUCAUUCUUCCUUCUCAUGGGCAGGUCUGCUUUAUCUGUCGCUAUGGAUGGGUGCGAAGUUUGCGGUGUCUGUUCCUGUCCGCUCUACAGCUCUGAGCGCUGCGGGAAGAGAUAAGAAGACAGACUCGUCAUUCAGCAGGGCGUCGGCGAUAGCAGCUCCGCCGUUGUAUCUUCUUGUGCUUAUUGCCAUUCCUGUUGGUGGUGCGUUAUAUAUCUGUGCGUCGCGGUAUAUGGACUACAUGCACGCUGGGUGGGAUAUCCUGGGAGGCAGUUUGAUUGGGAUUGUGUUUGCUAUAUUAGGGUUUAUGUGGUAUCAUGCUCCUGCAGGAUUGGCAUAUGGUGGAUGGGCUUGGGGGUCAAGACAGAGCGAUGGAGCAUUUGGGGCUGGCUUUGGAGAUGGUUUAUGUGCUGGUAGUGGGAGUAGGAAUAAGGAAGGUAGUAGAGAUGGGUAUCAAGAUUUGGAGCUUGGUGCUAUGCAUGCCUCGCAAGGAGUGAUACGGGAUGCCUAGCCCGUAUUUAGGAUGAUUCAUUUGGUUUAUCUAUGUAUUUCUGUUCUUUUCACUUCACUGUAUGUAGUUCUGGCCUUAUUCAUACAAACGGUGAACGGGUGACGCGGCUCCAAAGAUAGAGUGGAUUCAUCCAGAACCACCAAAUCGCCUAAAUGUCCCAGAACAAGCGUCGCUACUCCAUUUCCACGGAGAACCGAAGUAACUAACUAAACGAGUUAACUAAACCAACAAGGC